AUGCGCUCCGCGGAGCAGAGGGACGAGGCCCUGUUGGCGUUGGAGCUGCGCUCGGCAGGUGGAAACCUCCUCUACGACUGCCGCCUCGGCUCUGAGAGUACGGCCGCGGAACUGCGGCAGCUCCUGAGAGAGCGACGAUCGCCGCCCUCCUUGGACCCGGAAUUCACGAGCUUCUUCGUGGGGGACGAGGAGCUGACGGAUGCAACGAGCUUGGGGCAACUGGCGGAGGGGCGGCUGGGCGCCUCUCUUGAGAUCACGGCGGUGCACGAUGGCGGUUCCCGGGUUCGACGGAAGCUCAAGGAGAGAGUGCGCCGUUUUGAUCAGUGGUCAUUGGACAAGGCAUUGGCGGCGGACAGCGAUCGAGCGGAAGAACAGCUAGGGACGGACUGUGCCAAGCUCCAUGCCUGGAAUGACAGAGUUAUCGACGAGCUGGAUGAGCUGCGCUUGCGGGACCUGGUGGCUCUGAUGAGGCAGAUGGAUUCUAGGACUACCAAAGUCCUCACCCUUUCGAAUGGCUUGUUCUCCUCCCCAAAUGCCUUUGUCUUCGACUUUGAGGGCAAACUCGUGCUCGUCGGCUACUACUGA